GGCUGAGCUCAGAUAUGCGGCAGCAGCGAUUUAUGUAUAGGGCCCCACGGACUCGAAACAAGCUCGACCUUAGCCCGUUCCACGUGCUAGUGAAACUGUUCAGCAGCUUCGUGCCUCCCAGCCAUCCAGGAGUCAUUAUGGUGGCUGGGUCGACAGCCCGGCUUGAAAUGGGGUUCCCUGCAUCGCAGGAAAUUGGUGUCUUUGAGCAGGGACAACUUUGGCUUCUGGGGCCCAAGAAGCCCGCAGGUGCCAGUGGAGUGCAGGGAAGGUGCGCCUGCUUGACAUUCCAAACCAAGCUAUAGCCUGCAGGGAUGCCAUCUGAAAGUCCAGAAGGGAAACUGGUCCCUGAGAGGUAAGAGAAUGAAAAACCACAGGAAAAAUACCAGCUCCCCAGCUCUUCCUCAGGAAGGAGAUGCAAAUUCUUGAAAAGUUGAAGCACCAGAUCAUACCAGGACACAGGUAGGUCUGUGACUACAGAGAUACCCCAUGGAGUCCAGCAGGGCCAGCCCAUCUCCAAGUCAUUCCUUGUCUUACUUUUUAUUGCUGUGACAAGAUACCACAACCAAGCCAACUUAUAGAAGAGCUUUUUGGGACUUACAAUUUCAGAGGGUGAAUCCGUGAUCAUUAUGGUAGGGAGCAUGGCAGCAGGCAGCAGGCAGCAGGCAGGCAUGGUACUGGAUCAGUAGCUGAGAGUUUGCGUUCUUAUCUGCAAGAUAGAGGCAGAGAAAGCUAACUGGGGAUGAUAUGGGCUUUUGAAACCUUAGAGUCCACCCACCUCCCCAUGAUACACUUCCUCCUACAAGGCAAACCUAAUCCUUCCCAAAUAAUCCAACCAACUAGCGACCAACUGUCAAAUAUGUGAGCCUAUGAGGGCCAUUCUCAUUUGAAUCACCACAUUCCACUUCCUGACCACCAUAGGCUUGUGGUCAUAUCAUAAUGCAAAAUGCAUUUAGUACAGCUUCAAAAGUCCUCAUAAUCUUUUUAGAGUCUCAACACAGUUUAAAAGUCAGUCAAAGGACUCAAGGCAGUCUCUUAAUUGUAAGCCCCUAUUAAAUUAAAACCAAAAAGCAAAUUACAUGCUUGCAACAUACAAUGGCACAGAAUAUACAAUUCUAUCUGUUCUAGCUCCUAGAAAUGGAUGGGAUUCUUUCUUUUCUCCUUCCUUCCCUUCCUUCCUUCCUUCCUUCCUUCCUUCCUUCCUUCCUUCCUUCCUUCCUUCCUUCUUUCUUUCUUUUUUGAGCUGGAUCCUACAAAUUCUCUCCCUGCUCUGAUCUUGGGGAGGGACUGAACUCUCCUCAUCUAUAGGAGGAGAAAGAAGACUCCUCUACCUUGAAGCUUUUUUGACAACAGUUCUCAGUCUCCUGUCUCUCGGCAUUUCCUUGAGUUGAUAAAAGAUCUGGGGACCAGGACUGGAGAACAGGUCAUUGGACAAAGCAGAGUCCUCUAUUCUUGGCCAUCAGUCUGUCUUUGGGCUCCAGCUACACAUAGAAUGUGCUAAGUCCCUGAGACCAGGACCCAGUGACUUUAGGGGCAAGGGAGUGUUCAGGAGGAAUCUACACUCAGUGCCCUGAGCCUGACCUCACCAUGAUCAAUGCAGAGGGGAUCUCCCUGUGGCUUCACAGACUGAAGAUAGGAAACUUAAUUUCUUACUAGGAAGGUACAUCAUUCAUGUUGAGGAUUUGGGUGUGAAAAUCUCCAUUUAUACCCAGCAGUCAGGUGUGAACAUCAAGGCCCCUUCUGGCACUCCCUGAAUUUUAUAUUUGUAAUUACCUUUUCUAGACACCCACCAGGCUGUAUCUCUAUGACAUGGAGCUUGUGCCUUAGGGUUCCUGUCCCUUUCAGGCUGCUCAAGCUGGGGAUUGGGAUUCUGCUAUCUGGGAUGCUGGAAGGCCAAAGCCAGUGAACGCAUAGGUAUCUCUAGUACAUCAGAACUUGCAAAUUGCCCCAGGUGCUUCAGAAAAAAAAGUCUCUGCUUCUCUAGAGUAGAUGGGGGAAGAAACCUGUUUGAUAUGUUGGAAGUAUAAGCAGUGGAAGAAGGAUCUGCAGUAAUUACAUAUGGAAGCUUAAUAGAAACCACUCAGGAGCUGAAGUGUUGUGCUUGGGAGAGAGAAGCCAGCAAGGGGGCAGAGAGCCUGCGGGUAAGGCCCCCUCCUCAGACUGAAACAGGCACAUGUUCAAGAACUAAGCUUUCUGGGGCUUGGUGAAAAAUUGGGUGGCAGGCAGCUUGCUUCAUUCUUCAGAAAGAGAAUUCAGGAUUAGGUGAGAGCCUGUCUGAGGCUUAUCCACUGCCCUUUCCUUAUAUGCUGACCAUAUCCCCAAGCCAAAGUCCUAGAUAUCUAAGUCUCCUCCUCUCUGCAGUGGUAUUAAGUAUCUCCUGGCUAUGAAGUGGCUCAGAAAUCAUACUCCAUCCACACUUCCUAAGUACCUGGACCCUCACUGAUGCCCCUACGAUUGCUACCAGCAUUUUUAAAUACAGGAAUCAGGAUGCCAAGAGCUAACUGUGUGUUGAGCAUAUGCUCCAGAGGCCACUGCUAAGUUGGACAGGCUGCCCAUACCUACUGCCAUCUGGCCCUGAAUGGGGCGGUGGGGCGGUAAUGUUAAAGAAUUAGUUAACAUUUAAAAAACCAAAUAGUAUUUCAAAGACAUAUGGCCACUGGUGAUAAGCUGCUCCCUCUGUAGACCCCACUCCCUAGGGCAGCUGCUGGUUGCACAUGCCAGGCUAGCAGAGCAGAGCAGGGAGUGUACCUGGGAGUGGGGAGUUAAAGAAAGGGCUGCUAGUCCCAGUUGGCCCUCUUCUCCCCGCCCCUUCCCAUAGGCUCCGCCCAACUCCGUCUAGCCUAGGAGCCUACUGCCAGCACAAUCUCAAGCUCAGCUGCUUUUAACCCUAGCCGAGAUCCUACUCACCAGAUCACACAGCUGUGGAAGGAUAGGAGGAGCAGCCUGUGUGGCCCUGGGCCGGAUGUCACCCUCCGCUGAAACGUGCCGUGUGCCUGAUUGAGGAGCCCUCUGUAAUGACCUCCGGGGUUAGGGUUAGGGUCCGUGUCACCUGUCACUUCCCUAUCCCGUGCCAAAUAGGGUUGUGGGCAGGAAGCACGGGGUAGCUUGACUGUCCCACCAGCCUUUCUGGUUUCUCCCUCGUACCGUGGGCUCCUUGGUGCAUGGCUGUAGUGCUCAGCCUUCUCAGCGGCAGCACUGAGGGAGAUUACUGACCCAAAUUGGCUCCAUGCGCCUUCGCCUUCGUCCACAACCAGGCCCCCUAGGCAUGGAGCCCUUCUUCCGGAAGCGGCUCACUUUCUUGUCCUUUUUCUGGGAUAAGAUCUGGCCAGCGGGUGAGUCGGAGGAAGACAUCCCCCGGAUCCAGGGACUUGACGACAACCCAGUGCUGGAGCAGCCCGCUGCCAUUGAGCCUUGCAGCUUUCCCGCCCCACGCGCGCGACUUUUCCGCGCGCUCUACGACUUCACUGCUCGGUGUGCAGAGGAACUGAGCGUCAGCCGCGGAGACAGACUCUACGCCCUCAAGGAGGAGGGCGACUACAUCUUUGCCCAAAGGCUCUCUGGGCCGCCCAGUACGGGACUGGUUCCAGUCACCUACCUUGCCAAGGCCACCCCUGAGACGCCCUCAGACCAACCUUGGUACUUCAGUGGGAUCAGCAGGACUCAGGCCCAGCAGUUGCUCUUGUCUCCCGCCAAUGCACCUGGAGCCUUCCUCAUCCGGCCCAGCGAAAGCAGCGUCGGGGGAUAUUCUCUGUCAGUUCGGGCCCAAACCAAAGUCUGCCACUACCGCAUCUGCAUGGCACCUGGUGGCAGCCUCUACCUGCAGGAGGGCCGGUUCUUCCCCAGCCUGGAUGCAUUGCUCGAUUACUACAAGACCAACUGGAAGCUGAUACAGAACCCUCUGUUGCAGCCCUGCAUACCCCAGAUGCCCCUGGCUCAGGACGAGUGGGAACGGCCACGCUCAGAAUUUGUCCUUCGGAGAAAGCUGGGUGAAGGCUUCUUCGGGGAGGUGUGGGAAGGCCUGUGGCUGGGCUCUAUGCCUGUGGCGGUGAAGGUUAUCAAAUCAGCUGACAUGAAACUGGCAGACCUCACCAAGGAGAUUGAGGCACUGAAGAGCUUGAGGCACGAGCGACUGAUUCGGCUUCACGCCAUAUGCUCCCUGGGUGAACCUGUGUACAUCGUUACUGAACUCAUGGGCAAGGGCAACUUGCAGGUCUACCUGGGCAGCCCUGAGGGAAAGGCCCUGAGCCUGCCUCAUCUACUGGGGUUUGCCUGCCAAGUUGCUGAGGGCAUGAGCUACCUGGAGGAAAGGCGUGUUGUCCACCGGGACUUGGCUGCUAGGAACGUGCUGGUGGGUGAUGACCUCACCUGCAAAGUAGCUGAUUUCGGCCUGGCCAGGCUGCUCAAGGAUGAUGUCUACUCCCCAAGCAGUGGCUCCAAGAUCCCUGUCAAGUGGACGGCACCUGAGGCAGCUAAUUACCGUGUCUUCUCCCAAAAGUCAGAUGUCUGGUCCUUUGGCAUCCUGCUAUAUGAGGUCUUCACUUAUGGCCAGUGUCCCUAUGAAGGAAUGACCAACCACGAGACACUACAGCAGAUCAGCCGUGGGUACCGGUUGCCACGCCCAGCUGCCUGCCCAGCAGAGGUCUAUGUGCUUAUGGUGGAGUGCUGGAAGGGCAGCCCUGAGGAGCGUCCCACCUUUGCCGCACUGAGGGAGAAGAUGAAUGCCAUACACAGGCGUCUCCAUCUGAGCCUCACGUGACCAGGUCUCCAGCCCCACAGGCAGCAGUUAUGGCAACUGCUUCCGAAGGGUGUCUCCCAAGGAAACACCUGUCGCCAACACACGUGGGAGAUGCCGCACAACUGGGAAUGGCAACAGCCUCAGAGAACCCCAUGCUGAGGGCCCUUCUCUGACAAGGGCCAGUACUUACAUGUGCACAACACCAGAUGGACACAUGUAGACUGGGUCUGGUCGUGAGCACUUACUUAGAUGUGAAGGCUGUGUCCUCCUCCUGGCACAGUUUGAAUCCCUGGUGCCUCCAAAGUGUUGAUCAAGUACAGAAGAGGAGCUGUAAGGAAGUGUACCAGCAGAGCCAGCAAUUCCCUCUCUGCCCUCACCUCACUCUGGGCUUGGCUUCCUCAGCUCCCUUCUAGGAUCAAGGACAAGAAGCCCAAUUUCUCUCAAGUCUGACUGUGGGUUUGGUUAAGUAUCCAGUGCUAGGGCUCCCAAGCACACCUCACCAGUACAUGCUGUGUGCUCACAGGGGAUGGUAGCAUCCCCUGCCCAUACCCCACUUUCCCACAGGUACUGGUAAACUCUAGGCACACAGAGCCAGCUUCAAUAAACAUGCUCCAAUGGAUUCACAUACCAGUUCCCAGAAUGGAGUGCUGGAGGCUCUAAAAGAUGGGAGCCAGAGCUGCAUUGCAGUGUGGACCCCCAUGACAUUAAUGUUGGAGACUGCUGGAGCUCCCUGGCCUGGUGUUGAAGCCAGAAAGUUCUUCAGUUUCAGAAAGGGUGGACUGGUUGUUUGGUGGUCAGCACUCCCAGGCCUUCCCAGAUGCAAAGGGAUGGCGUCUCAAGACUGUUUCUUUGGAAGGGCAGUGAUUAGGAGGCAGAAUUUUCUGGUUGGCAGGUUUAGUCAGAUAGAGGUAGGAUGCUGACAACCAGACAACCUACUUUCUGGGGCAAAGCCCCCGUGGGUCACUUUUGUGUUUGAGUGUGACACCUUGAGAAGUUGGGCCCUGGAUCAUUCAACACUUUAGGGCACUAGGAGCCGUAUACUGAGGAUUAGGCGGCCUUUGCUCAGGGAUCCAAGGCCAUUUCACUCUCCUAGCAGCUGUCUCCAGAAGGCUGUAAGGCAGAAAGGCUGGCAGUCCCCUAAAGGGGAUGGAAUUUGGGGCCAGCUCUGCACCCACCAAAGCCAAUUUGCUCAUGAUCACCGACCACAUCUGUGGGUUGGCUAAGAGGGAGCUGGGUCACUUCCAUGACCUAUCUCUGUUGGCUAAGGCCUUCAGGAGGCCAUGGGGAAGAGUGACCAGUCUGCUUAGGAUGGGGUGCCUGCUGCUCUCCACUGCUGAUCCAGUAGCUCAGUCAUUCCCCACCCUGGAGGACAGACUAAAGACAGGUGCCGAGUUCUCCUUUGUCCCAAUCCUUUGCUUCCCCCAGAUUUCUUGAUUUGAUCUUUAAAGGUGGGCUCUCCCCGACUCCUCCACUUGUUGAUUUAAUUUAAUUUUCUCUCCCCACUGUCUAUGAGUCUGACUCUAAAUGUCUCCUUUCCACCCCUCACUACCUUCUUUAUUACAAAUUCAAUUAAAAGAAAAA